AUGGGAGCUUUGGGUUUAAAGGGUUCUGAUAUACAUGUGAAAGUUCCUAAUGCUAUUAAACAAGCAUAUGAUUCUUUGUUAACAUUCAGUAACACUUAUACAAUUUCAAAAUUUCAAGUGUCCUUGAAUGAUCUGUUGUUCAAGCCUUUAGAUCAUAAAUUUAUGUUGACAUUUACUGAUGGAACAUCAGUUAAUGACAAAAACAAACAUGAAAUACCUCCAAAAUCACUCAAUUUCACACCUUUUAUUGAUAUUAUAAGUGGAAAAUUGAAAAAGGGAUGUUUUAAUAGAUGUUAUAGGAAUGGUAGUAGAGAUUGGUUACUCACAACUUCAAAAAGGAAUAACAACAACCUAAAUUGCACUUUGUGGGAGGGAUGUGCAUUGCAAUUCCAUGAUUUCAAUAAAGAUAGGAAGGACUUUUCUUUGCCAUCAAUUAUUAUUUUGCAAUUUGCCAAAGUCAAGGUGGAAGGCAAAUUUCCAUUAUGUGUUUCAAAUACAUUCAACGUUACUAAGUUGCAUGUCAAUGAUGAUUUACCUGAGAUUAAAAAUUUUCUAGAUAUCAUGCCAAAAUUGACUAUCGUUGACUGUUCAAGUCAAGGUUUGAGUUUACAAUCACAAAUCGCUAAAGUGAACAAACUCGAAGCUGCUCAAGGAGGUUGGUGUUACCAAAGAUGUCAUGAGUGUCCUAGAGUUGCGAAAGGAGAUCAACCAACUUAUGUUGGGAUAAGUGACCCUCUUGAAUUUCCGUUGGCACUGGAUGCUUUGGUGGGUUUGACCAUGACUUCGUCUCAAUCCAUUGUCACUCCAAAUCUUACGCAGACCAAUGAAAGUGUUGUUGACCCUGUUACACCAACAUCAGCUUCAAAAAGGAUUGCUCUAAAAGGUUCAAAUGAUUUUACUCCUUUGUCUCAGUGCUGUGAUGGAAAAGAGCCUUCCACAAAACUGAAGAAACAUAUAAAAUUAGAGAAGUAG